AUGGGACUCUGGCUAACUGUGGAAGCUACAUUGACUGCUGAUCUUGCUACUGAGGCUCUCAUGAUGUCUCCAGGUCAUGUCGAGCGGAUUCGACGGUCGAAAAGCUCUGAAGAACGCGAGGUUGAUAUAAGCGGCAUUAAAUUUCCAGCGGUUUACAGGAACCUUGACAAGCUCCUCGUCGUUGUCAAUUCGGAGACAUACCUUCCAUAUAUCGUCCGCUCAGAAGAACAGCAUCCAAUCUACGGCAAUGCUACAGAAGACGUAUAUUUUUCAAACUACAGAGAUGUACAGGGAAUCAAAUUCCCUCACACCAUCCAGACCAUAUACAGCUCAUCUAGCCAACGGCUCAACGUGGUUCUCGAAGACUUUGUCAUUGACAAGAUCAACGCUACAGCAAAAUUGGGCGAUAAUUUCUUCGAUCUUGUUCCUCACAGCCAGAAAGUAAAUAUAUCAGAAAAGCCUCCUGGUGUUCCCGGUGAUCUUGUCACAGAUUAUAGCACGAGUUUGCUUGGGUCGCCGGUCAAGAAUGUCAGCGUGGAGGCUUUGAAAUCAGCCCGGCCUGUUGAUCUGCCGCAGGUAUAUUGGCUCAUUAUCGAUGAUAGCCAUGAUCUUGGGUUUAAACAGCUUAUUGUUGAGUUUGAGACUGAAGUCAUUGUGUGCGAUGCACCGCCUUUCUGGAGUGAGGCUGUCAUGGAGUGGAUUGAGAAGAAUAUUGGCAAGGUCACCUACGUGGCGCUACGUAUACCACAGCAAAGAUUGGCCGUUCACUAA